UAAAAAAGAACUUACAACCAAUCUUUUAGGUUUAAAAAAUUUUCUCAAACACCCCCUAAAACAAGAACUGCUUUCGGAUUCUGUCGUUCGCAGACUCUGCAGAUUCCACAAUCUAAAGCCCUAAUUUCGUAAAACCAAAAGUAUUGACUUUGAACCCCAAAUGUCCGGAGCACAGUAACAAUUAGAUAUCACCAGCUCAUUUUCUAACCCUAACCCUAACUCUCCUCACGCUGAUGCCUCAAUCUCAAUGUACGAGGGUUCGCAUGGAUUCGAUGGGUUGGGAGCCCGACCCGCAUGUGAGCUUGACAGAGCUGCAGGGCCACAGAGUGCGAUGAUUCCACAGACUACUGAUUCAACUACAUACGAACAUCAUGUUGCGAAUGAUGCCAUAGUAACAACAAGAAUUCAGCCCAAAAGCAUCCAGUCUAUGCAAUGCGAGGUAUGCAAUGUUACUUGUGACACUAAAGAUGUACUUGAGAAACACAAACAAGUAGAAGAAUUGGAGAAUAAGAAGCACAAGUUAUUGCAAAAUGGAGCAUCAGUUGAUAAAUUUCUCUACUGUGAAACUUGCAAUGCGGUAUGCAAUAAUCAAAAUGCCUUCCAGGCUCAUCUCGCUGGUAAAAAGCAUUCUGCAAAGGCAAUGAUGCAGCUUGUGGGUAAGAAUGGGGUUGUUAACACCACAUCAGAAUCAGACCCUAAGGGUCCUACUCCUGAGCCUGAGGCUCAAUCGAAUAAUAAUCCCAACCCCAUACAGUGUCAACUCUGCAAAAUAAACUGCUCCAGCAUUGAAGUCCUCAGCACACACAUGUCAGGGAAGAAACACCUCAAGAAACUAAAAGAAUCAGACCAAAUACCGGAUCCUUCCUUGACCCUUAUCAAUUCACAACAAGGUAAACCCGUGUGGUGUCAACUUUGUGGGAUCAGUUGUGACACAUACGAUGUCUUCAAAACCCACCUAUCAGGAAAGAAACACAAAAAGAAUUUGGAAAAACCAGUGGAAGGAGGAGGGAUGUUGCAAAAUGAAGAGGGUAAAGUUGUAAAUGUGGAUGGAAAUGGAAGUGACAGGAAGACAAAGAGAGUGGGAGGUGAUGAGGAUAUGGAGGCAAAGAGGCAGAAGAUUUUGCAAGGAGGAGGAGCAUUGGAUGCUUUAAGGAUUUGUACGGUGUGCAAUGUUGUUUGUAGCAGCCCUACUGUGUAUGAUUCUCAUGUUGCUGGUAGGAAGCAUGCUGCAAAUGCAAUGCUUGUCAAACAGGCAGAAACCCAUGAAAUCUGAAUGUGUAGUUAUUUUUGUAGAUAUAAAUUGUGAAUUUGAGAUGAAUGAAUCUUGGAUAGUUUUUGGUGUUUUCUCAUUAUUGAUGCAAGUCCUGGAAACAUCUAUCAAAUUCUCUCUUAUUGUUUAUGUCAUGGUAUUAUAAUGAAACGACACAAAAUUUCAC